GGCCGAGUACCCAACCAUCUCCAUAGACCGCUUCGACAGGGAGAACUUGAAAGCCCGCGCCUACUUCCUGUCCCACUGCCACAAGGAUCACAUGAAAGGAUUAAGAGCCCCUACCUUGAAAAGAAGGCUGGAGUGCAGAUGAGGAAACUGAGGAACCAGAGAGGUUAAAUUAGUUGCCCAAGGUCACGCAGCCAGUAAGUGGCAGGACCAGGAUUUCAACCAGUUUCUGUGGGUUGGGAAUGCUGACAGAGCACAGUCGGGGGUGCUGGUUUCUCCCUGGCUGGGUGUCCUAGGGGGACUGCCAUUAUCUGGGGCCCAUCAUUCAGUGUUUGACACCAAGGCUGAGAGGAAUCAGGCAGCUGGGGCUUUUGGGCAACUCUGUCCCUGGAAAACUCUUCAGCAUGGUGAUUUCAAGCUUGAAGGUUUGCUUAUACUGUUCGCCUGUUACUAAAGAGUUGUUGUUAACUAGCCCGAAGUACAGAUUUUGGGAGAAACGAAUCAUAUCCAUUGAAAUAGAAACUCCUACCCAGAUACCUUUAGUUGAUGAAGCAUCAGGCGAGAAGGAAGAGGUUGUUGUGACUCUCUUACCAGCUGGUCAUUGUCCAGGAUCAGUUAUGUUUUUAUUUCAGGGCAAUAAUGGAACAGUCUUGUACACGGGAGACUUCAGAUUGGCAAAGGGAGAAGCUGCUAGAAUGGAGCUUCUGCACUCUGGGGGCAGAGUGAAAGACAUCCAGAGUGUAUACUUGGAUACUACUUUCUGUGAUCCAAAAUUUUAUCAGAUUCCUAGUCGAGAGGAGUGUCUGAGUGGAAUAGUAGAGCUGGUUCGAGGCUGGAUCACUCGGAGUCCGUACCAUGUCGUGUGGCUGAACUGCAAAGCAGCUUAUGGGUAUGAGUACCUGUUCACCAACCUAAGUGAAGAAUUUGGAGUCCAGAUUCACGUGAACAAACUAGACAUGUUUAGAAACAUGCCGGACAUUCUUAAUCAUCUCACAACAGACCGCAGCACUCAGAUCCAUGCCUGUCGCCAUCCAAAGGCAGAGGAGUAUUUUCAUUGGAAUAAAUUACCUUGUGGAAUUAUUUCCAAAAAUAAAAUCCCACUCCACACAAUCAGCAUUAAACCAUCCACUAUGUGGUUUGGAGAAAGAACCAGAAGAACAAAUGUCAUUGUGAGGACUGGAGAGAGUUCAUACAGAGCUUGUUUUUCUUUUCAUUCUUCCUACAGUGAGAUUAAAGAUUUCUUGAGCUACAUCUGUCCUGUGAACAUAUAUCCAAAUGUCAUUCCAAUAGGCACCACUGUGGAUAAAGUUGUAGAAAUCUUAAAGCCUUUAUGCCGAUCUUCCCAAAGUACGGAGCCAAAAUAUAAACCACUUGGAAAAUUGAAGAGAGCUAGAAAAAGUCACCUCGACUCUGAGGAGGAAGAUGACCUCUUUGAUGACCCUGUGCCAUUACCGCUAAGGCACAAGGCUCCAUACCAGCUAACUCUUCACCCUGAGGUAUUUGUAAUGACCGCAGCACAACCCCAGCCUGAACAACAGAGGCAAAACACCGGCUACCUCAAAGCAGAGGGUAUGCAAACCUCUCCUUGGGCAAACUUUGUAGAUUGUGAAGAAUCUAACAGUGAGAGUGAAGAAGAAUUACAGACUCCAGCUUCAUCUCAAGAAGACUUGGGAGCCAUUACCCACCAGCAGCCAAAGGCUGAUGUAGAAGUACCACAGUGGGAAGUAUUCUUUCAAAGAAAUGAUGAAAUCACAGACGAGGGUUUGGAAAACCCCUCUUCUUCCACAGAGGCAGGGGGCUCUCAGUCACCGAAGCUUUUUAGUGACUCUGAUGGGGAAUCAACUCACAUCUCUUCCCAGAAUUCUUCUCAGUCAACACACAUAUCUGAACAAGGGAGUCAAGGCUGGGACAGCCAAUCUGAUACUGUCUUGUUAUCAUCCCAAGAGAGGAAGAGUGGGGAUAUUACCUCCUUAAACAAAGGUAGCUACAGACCAAGAAUCAAAGAGCAUAUUCCUGCUUCUCAGAUGGAACAAAGUGUACUUUGUCCAAAGGAGACUCACUCUGACUUGAAACACAGAAAUCAAGACAUAAAGAUCGCUCCCAGUGCUGGAGAACCGACUGCUCUAAGCAGUGGGAUACACAUACCUCAGGAGAAAAGUUCGCUAAAUCUUAGCACCACUGCAGACUCCCAGAGCUCCUCAGAUUUUGAAAUUCCCUCAACACCAGAAGCGGAGCUACCUAAAGGAGAGCAUUUACAAUAUUUAUAUGAGAAGCUGGCAACAGGUGAGAAUAUAGUCAUUGAAAAAAGAAAAAGCUCACUCUUAGAUACUUAAAAAUUAAAAGCCUUGCGUUCUAGAGCAAUCACUAAAAACCCUACACAAAGAGUUAAGAGUCCAAGUGGUAAUAGACACAGGAGAGUGGAGUACUGAAAAAUGCUCCUGUAACCUAAAACAGCACAGUGAAGGGGAAGCAGAGAACAAAAAAUAGUGCUAAAAAAGAGAAAAGAUAUGGUAGAACUAAAUCCUAACACCAAUAAUUACAUUAAGUGAAAAUGGUCAAAACACACAAAUGAAAACAACCCUCUCAUAUGCAGUCACUAAGAAACUCACUGCAAAUGAUGCAGGUAGGUUAAAAGUAAGGGAUGGGAAAAGAUAUCUAAAUACCUUAAAGCUGGAAUGGUUAUAUUAAUAGCACACAAAUUUCUAAUGAUAAAAGGUCCAGUUCACAAAGAAGACACAAGGCUAGAAGUGUAUGUGCCUAAAAAUAGCUUCAAUGUAUACAAAGAAAAAACCAACAAGAAAGACUAAUGCAGAGUUCGAGCUGGAGACUCUCCCACAACUCUCUCAGUAACAGAACGAGCGUACAGAAGGUAAGCAGGAAUACAGAAGAACCGCAGAGCACCACCGACCAGCUGAACCUAAUGGGACGCAGAACACUCCACCCACUAACAGGUGCCCGUGGCACACUGACCGCGCUAGACGACCGUAACCUGCAGGGUCAUAAAAACAUCAAAAAAUCAGCCCCUUAUUUAUCUCAAAAGACAUAUCACUUAAGAGUGCUGGUGUGAAUACAAUGACAAAUGUAAAAGUGGAAAAAUUAGGACCUGAAAGAAAAUAAUUAAAUGGCAAAAGCA